AUGUUAAAAGUCACCCCACCAUCGCCAUGUCCAUCCCCAACGGAAACUCUCGUUAACGGACAUGAGCCACUUCUCUUCGAGUUUGACCAAAAUCCAAUCGAGCCACUUUCCACGUCCCGCCUUAUCCUUAUAACAUGUCCCAGCCUGGGGGUACAAAUCUGCUGGUAUUUAUUGCAGUCUAGCGGCACGCCCUAUCUGCUCUCCCUGGGCAUGACCCCUUUUUCCGUAACCUUAACUUGGGCAUUAGGUCCCACUUUUGGUGUUUUCGUCCAGCCCGUGAUUGGCAACCUUAGCGACCUAUCGCAACACCCUUACGGCCGACGCAAACCCGUCAUGUUUGCUGGCGCCGUGUUCGUCAUCUCUUCCAUGCUCCUCAUGGCAUUCGCGCCCGAGUUCGGCCCCGCCACCCAAGACGCUUGGCAGCCACGGGCCGUCGCCGUCGGCUUCCUUGCCGUCAUCCUACUGGCGAUGAACGCCUAUUCGGUUGGUGUCCGCGCCGUCGUCGUCGACGUCUGCCCGCCAGCCCAACAGCCCGACGCGGCGGCGUGGUCUAUGCGUUGGAGUGUGCUCGGGUCCACACUGUUAUCUGCGUCCGGCUUCGUCUCCGCCGUCUAUGCCCACGAGGCCGGCCCCGUGGCCACAUUUCGCACAUUGGCCUGCGUCGCUGCCGUUUGUUCCGCUGCCACCGUAGGGCUGGUGUGCUACCUGGUCCCGGAAUCUGCGUCGACCGGUGUAAAGUCCGAGGACAAGGACGACGCUGGCCGGGUCCUCGCCACGUGUCUGCCUGGCGAGCUGGCGCGGCGGUGGCGGAGAAUGCCGCCGCUCGUUGGACGGGUAUGUGAGGUGCAAUUCGCCGCCUGGUUUGGGUGGUUUCCCGUGUUGUAUUAUAUGUCCACGUACGAAAGUCCCCCCCAUCCGUUAUUUAUGCCGGUUCCACUGACAAAUCCAGCUCUGUCCGACGCGACGCACCCACAUCCCGAGGCCGACGCGAAGCCUUAUCGCCUUUACGCUUCGCUCGCCUUUUCGCUUGGGACUUUCUUUUCGACCGUCCUUCUGUUUGCCCUCUCCCACGCCACUGCCCUCCUUGCGCCCCAGAACCUGCCACGCCUGUGGUUGUUUUCCCAGUCCGUCGCCACCUCCUGCCUCCUCCUCACCACACUGCUGCACACCUCCACCGCCGCACUCGGGCUCGUCGCCCUCGUCGGCGCUACUUGGGCCGUUACCAUGUGGAUUCCGUUUGCAUUAAUUAACAGGGAACUCGCGACCUCGCGCGUCGGUGUGGCUGGCGUUCAUGGGUUGCAUAAUAUGGCCAUUUCCCUCCCGCAGCUGGCAAGCGGGCUAAUUUGUGCGGUGUUAUUGGCGGCUUUGGGUCUGCUGGGCGUGCAGGGCGGGUCGUCAUUGCUGUUGAGGCUGGCUGCAGUGCCGGUCGGAUGGUCGGCUUGGUUAAUAUGGCGGCUUGAUUAA